AUGGAGACCGAGGCUAGCAGUCUGCGGUCCCCGAGACCCAACCCCAGCCCAGUGUUGACUCUGGAGGCUCGACUGGGCGUGGACACGCGCCUCUGGGUCAAGGUACUCUGCACUGUGCUCUACGCCUUCAUCUUUGCUCUUGGCUUGGCGGGCAAUGCGCUGUCCGUUCACGUGGUGCUGAAGGCGCGGUCCGGGCCGCCGGGUCGCCUGCGCUACCAUGUGCUCAGCCUGGCACUCUCCGCCCUGCUCCUGCUGAUGGUCAGCGUGCCCAUGGAGCUCUACAACUUCGUGUGGUUCCACUACCCAUGGGUUUUCGGCGACCUGGGCUGCCGCGGCUACUACUUUGUGCGCGAGCUUUGCUCCUACGCCACUGUCUUCAGCGUGGCCAGUCUGAGUGCUGAGCGCUGUCUCGCUGUGUGCCAGCCUCUGCGCGCCCGUCGCCUAUUGACGCCGCGCAGGACCCGAAACUUGCUCUUGCUAGCUUGGGCCUCCUCUCUUGUCCUCUCCCUACCCAUGGCUGUCAUCAUGGGGCAGAAACACGAGCUGGAGACAGAGAGCGGGGAGCCAGAACCUGCCUCGCGCGUGUGCACAGUGCUGGUGAGCCGCACCAUUAUCCAAGUGUUUAUCCAGGUGAAUGUACUGCUGUCCUUUGUGCUUCCCUUGGCUCUAACUGCUUUCCUGAACGGUGUAACCGUGAACCACCUGGUGUCCCUCUGCUCCCAGAUGCCAUCUACUUCUGCCCCAGACAAUUCUGCCCCCAGCCACCUGGAGCUGUUGAGCGAGGAGGGUCUCUCUGGCUUCCGCACCUGGAGGAAGAUUCUCUCCCUGACAGGCCAGGCCAAUCCAGUGAGAUGCACAGAAUCCAGCCGGAUCCAUGCCCUCCAGCACAGCGUCCAGGUUCUCAGAGCCAUCGUAGUUGUGUAUGUCAUCUGCUGGCUGCCAUACCAUGCCCGCAGGCUCAUGUUUUGCUUCAUCACUGAUGACGGAUGGACUGAGCAACUCUAUGAUUUCUAUCACUACUUCUACAUGGUGACUAAUACGCUUUUCUAUGUCAGCUCAGUAGUGACCCCUGUCCUCUACAAUGCUGUAUCCUCCUCCUUCAGAAAACUCUUCCUGGAAGCACUCAGAUCCCUCUGUCGAGAGCACCAAGCCUUGGAACCAUUACCACUGGUGUCCCAGGGCCCUACCCUAGUGGAUGCAGUUUCAGGUUCUGGGGAUACCCCAGAAACCCUGAACUAG